AUGCGCCUCGCCCACCUCCACCUGCCAAACCUAACGCCCUUCAACACGGUCUCCCAGAUCCAACAAACCCUUGCCCUGCGCCAGCUCGCCUACAAAAAAGCCGUUUCGUCCUCCUCCCCCUCUUCCAUCUCACAAUUACCACCUGACCCAACAAUAAUAACCUUCACCCCCAACCCGGUGUACACAACGGGCCGCCGCGACCUACCACCAUCCAACACCUCCUCGCCCUCCGAUGCGCAACCAAGCCUAGAAUUAUCAUUACCGCCAUCUUUAGAGCCGAUUCGACACAUACUCGAUCCGAAAAUACCAGGAGGCCAGGGGUCGAAGUUGAAGGCGGAAUACCAUCCAACCCUCCGCGGCGGACAAACGACUUACCACGGUCCCGGCCAACUGGUCGCAUACACAAUCCUUGACCUGCGACGACUCGGCCUCUCGCCCAGGUGUCACAUCAGUCUUUUGGAGAAGAGUGUGAUUGACUUGUUACGCAAAUAUGGAGUAGAAGGCUUUACAACGCAGGAUCCUGGUGUAUGGGUAAACCCCGUCACAAGCACAACAGGCGCAACGGGGAAUGGGAAUGAAGAGGCGAGAAAGAUUACGGCUGUAGGCGUCCAUCUCCGUCGGCAUAUAAGUUCCUUUGGCGUCGGGCUCAACGUCACCGAUGAACCGAUGCGGUUUUUUAAACAGAUUGUGGCGUGCGGAUUGGAAGGCAAGGAGGUUACUAGUCUCGCUGGCCAGGGCGUGAAGUUCAGUAGCCAAAAGAAUGAGGAGGAGGUUAUGAAGGAGGUUGCGGAUGGGUUUGUGGACUCGUUUGUGAAGAGGUUGAGGGUCGAUUUUCCGGUUGGUGAGGCGACGAGGAGGGAGGGAAUCGAGGAGGUAUAUAAGAUUGGGAUUGAGGAUGUAACUUCAUGA